AUGUUCAUGACCGCCAAAAGAUCGGUUAGCACCGGUCUUGUCGCUUCCGCAGUGGUCUCAUCUUGGACGAUCGCUGCUACUCUUUUAACAUCUUCAACUUGGGCAUUCGAAUAUGGAGUGUCAGGAGCAUACUAUUAUGGCGCGGGGGCAACAGUACAAAUCUUUGUGUUUGCUGUGGCAGCAAUUGAACUGAAAAGACGCGCCCCUGGUGCGCAUACGUUCUUGGAAGUAGCAAGACUGCGUUACGGCGUGGCUGGCCACGUCAUCUUCAUCCUCUACUCAACAAUCUAUGCAAUUAUCAACUGCGUGAAUAUUCUCGUGGGAGGUUCCGCGGUCUUCACGGCACUUACGGGCAUGAAUGUUAUUGCUGGGGUUUGGCUUUUGCCUGUAGGGGUCGUGAUCUAUACGCUCACAGGCGGGAUCAAGGCAACAAUUCUGACGGACUAUUCACAUACGAUCAUCAUCUAUGCAAUGGUGUUAGCUGGCCUAUUCGUUGUUUACACUAGUAACGAUGUUCUGGGAAGUCCAGAUAAAGUGUAUGAUCUUCUUCGCGAGCAAGCCAAGAUUUCUCCAGUUGAUGGGAAUGCUGGAGGCGAAUAUCUCACCAUGCGGUCGCAAGAUGGAGUUCUCCUUGGUGUUGUUUUCUGGUGUGCAGUGUUUGGAACCACUAUCGAUGUUCAGCUUUUCCAGAAAGCGAUUACGGCAGAUCCAGUCAGCACAUUGCCGGGCUACAUGAUCGGUUGCUUAGCUUAG